AUGGCGGAAGUCGAGAUCGCUCAGCCGGUCCAUGGCCCUAUCUCCAACGAGAACGCCGCCCCCUCUUCAUCUGAUGAAAUCAAGACCGUCUUCCAUGAUGUGAACAAUUUCAACGUCAAGCAUCCUUUGCUGAAUACCUGGAGUCUUUGGUUCACCAAGCCGCCGUCAUCCAAAGGCGACAACUGGAACGACCUCCUCAAGGAGGUGAUUACCUUUGAUACUGUCGAGGAAUUCUGGGGAAUCUAUAACAACAUUACUGCCUGCUCCGACCUCAGCCUCAAAUCAGACUACCAUCUAUUCAAGAAAGGAGUUCGUCCCGAAUGGGAAGAUCCUCAGAACAAACAUGGCGGCAAAUGGUCAUAUCAAUUCAAGGAAAAAAAGAUGAUCAAUAUUGAUGAACUCUGGCUUCACACUCAAUUGGCGGCCAUCGGGGAGACUCUUGAAGAUGAGGGAGACAACGAGAUCAUGGGCGUGGUCGUGAAUGUCAGAAAGAGUUUCUACCGAAUUGGAUUGUGGACUCGCACCACUGGAAAGGGCGGUGGAAGGGACACAUUGAUGAAGAUUGGCCAACGAUUCAAGGACGUCCUUCAGAUUGGUCCAAAUGACGUACUUGAAUUCUCGGGUCACACCGAUGCAGCACAUGCCGGCAGCACCAGAGCGAAGGCCAAAUAUGCUGUUUGA